GCCUCUGCAUGCAUGUGGCCUGAAGCAGCACAGCCAGCAGGGAGAUGAUAGGACAGGCCUUGGCUGUAGGGCUCUUUCUGUGUUUCUGUCCCUGGGUCCCAGAGGCUGAAGGCGGCCGGGGGGAGCCGUUGUGCCACGCCACAGGGGUGACCAGCUGUCAGGAGUGCCUGGCGUCCGGGCCGCAAUGCGCCUGGUGCAAAGCAGAGGGCUUCGUCAGGCUUGGCCAGCACACCUGGGAGCGCUGUGGUACAGUCCAGGCUCUGCUGGCGCGGGGCUGCCCCCCAGCUGCUCUGGAGGACCCGCGGGGCUCCAGCGUGCUGCUGCAGGACCGGCCCGUCGCCUCCCGCCGCAGGGACCCCGGGCACCACCCCCACGACGUCACACAGCUGCAGCCACAGAAGGUUCUCCUGAAGCUACGACCAGGGGAACCCCAGACCUUCGAGGUGAAAUUCCGACGUGUCGAAGGCUACCCUGUCGACAUGUACUACCUGAUGGACCUGUCCUUCUCCAUGGAGAAUGACCUCCUUAAUGUGAAGAAGCUGGGCACGGACCUGAUGGAGGAGAUGAGGAACAUCACGGAGGACUUCAGAAUCGGUUUUGGGGCAUUCGUGGAUAAAACGGUGAUGCCCUACAUCAGCACGUCUGAGCAGAUGCUGAAGAAUCCCUGUAAGAGGGUGGAACUCAAGCCCUGUGCCCCAGCCUUUGGCUUCCAGCACGUUCUGAGCCUUACCAAUGAUGGGAACCUUUUCAGCCAAAUGGUGGGGGAACAGCAUAUAUCAGGAAACCUGGAUUUGCCAGAGGGUGGGCUGGAUGCACUCAUGCAGGCCGCUGUCUGUGAGGAACAGAUCGGCUGGAGGAACGUGACCCGCCUGCUGGUUUUCUCCACGGAUGCCGGCUUCCACUUUGCAGGGGACGGGAAGCUGGGAGGGAUCAUCCUGCCCAGUGACGGAAAAUGUCACCUGAAGGACAAUGUCUACACCAUGAGCACGCGCCAGGACUACCCGUCCCUGGCUCAUCUGGCCGAGAAGCUGAGGGAGAAGAACAUCCAGACCAUCUUCGCCGUGACCCAGGACGUGGUCCCCCUGUAUGAGAAACUGAAGCAGAUAUUUCCUACUUGUACUGUUGGGACCUUAUCAAAUGACUCCCACAACAUCCUGCAGUUGAUUGUCGAGGCUUACAAUGCUCUGACCUCGGAGGUCAUCAUGGACAACAGCGAGCUGCCCCCUGGGUACCAGAUUGAGUACAGCAGCACCUGCAAGGGUCACGUGACCCAGACGGGGGAGGCAGGACGCAGGUGUUCCGGUGUCUCUAUUGGAGAUGAGGUGACCUUCCAGGUGAGUGUGACGGCGCCGCCCUGCACGGCUGAGACGGCAGAAUCGCAGCUGCUGAUCAAAGCGCAGGGCUUCAGCGAGGAGGUGGAGGUGCUGCUCCACCCUCUGUGCCGCUGCCAGUGUGCCAAGGACAGCGAGCCCCACAGCCACAACUGUAGCGGGGGCCACGGGACACUGGAGUGCGGGGCCUGCAGGUGUGACGUAGGUCACGUUGGCACAUUCUGUGAGUGUGAGGCAGCCAUGGCAACCAUGGGCGACCUGUGCCGACGAGACAACGCCUCGGAGGUGUGUGGCGGGCGCGGUGACUGCGUGUGCGGCCAGUGUGUGUGCCACAAGCUGCGCCGGAAUUCCGAGCAUGCCUACUACGGGGAGUACUGCCAGUGCGACGACCUGCACUGUGAUCAGCACCAGGGUGUCCUGUGCGGAGGGCGGGGCAGGUGUGAGUGCGGUGUGUGCCGCUGCUCCCCGGGCUUCAGCGGCAGCGCCUGUGAGUGCCCCACCUCAACGGCGACCUGCCUGGGACCCAACAGCCUACUGUGCAGUGGGCGGGGCCGCUGUGUCUGCGGCACCUGUGUCUGUGGGGAUGCCCGAUUCCAGGGCCCCAGCUGCGAGCUCUGCCCCAGUUGCCCGGACGUGUGCGUCAUGCACAGGGAGUGUGUGCUGUGCCAGGUCUCUGCCCCGGGUUUGGCAGAUGAGCACUGCAACACUGAGUGCAGUUCGCUGAACCUCACGCUGGUUCCAGACCCCCAGCUCCUCCCCCAAGAGCGCCGGGAGGCGGGGCUUCGGCGGUGCCGUGAGAGGGACGCUGAUGGCUGCUGGGUGCAGUUUUCCCAUCAGGCCGAGUGGGGGAACACCUCUGCCCACCUCACCAUAGCCUUCCAUAAAGAAUGCCCACCAGGCCCCAACGUGGUCCUGAUCACUGCCGUGGUGUCGGGCUCUGUGGUCCUGCUGGGCCUGGCUCUCCUGCUGCUCUGGAAGCUUCUUACCACCAUUCAUGACCGCAGGGAAUUCGCCCGUUUUCAGAACGAGGUGGAGCGCGCACGCUGGGACACGGGCGAUAACCCGAUCUACAAAAGUGCAGUGACCACAAUCAAGAAUCCAAAAUACAAGGCACACUGACACCCUUCCACACGGUUCCCAGGCUUCCUUACACUUCCUGUUUGGAAUUUCACUUAGCAGAGCACAAUGGGCUGUAACUGUACCCAAAGUAAAGUAUUUGGCAUGUGGGGUUAGCCUCACUUGCUAACUGUCGCUAACCAUGUUACGUUUAAGUGACGUUUCUGAGUGACCCUAAGCAACAUUCUGAGUGUUCAGUAAGAGAUGCAGGAGGUUAUGCUUAACAGGGGCCAAUAUCAGUCUUUUUUACCAGGAUAGAAUUGUUAUAUUUUGUAAAAUGCAUAAUGCAGCUACUACAAAAUGGAAAAUAUUUCAUGCUACCUGCAUAUACCAAGAAUUAUCAGAUAAAUGUGAGAAAUUAUCAGAUAAAUUAAUUUUCUAUAAAUUUGUCAACUCUAAAAGUCAAAAUGCUUGUGUUUCCCACUCAGUGAUUUUUUCUUUGAAAAGUAUGAGGGUGUGGUGAUACCCCUUAGUCCCUCAAGAGGGCAGCAAAACAAAUAAUUUCUGUUACACCGUUCACUGUAUUUUAUAAUGACGUAAUGCUAAAUGCGGGUUGAUGUCUGGUGUACUGACUUGUAUGCUGUGUCUGUAUAAAUAUGCAACGUGCGUAGUUUAAAUUUAUACUAUAAAUGCAAUAAAACCUCUGUUAUGAAACAUGA